AUGCCGGCCCUGUUCACCGAGACCCCCCACGACAUGACGGCGCGGGCGGGCGAGGACGUGGAGAUGGCGUGUUCCUUCCGAGGCAGCGGCUCCCCCUCCUACUCCCUCGAGAUACAGUGGUGGUACGUCCGCAGCCACAAGGACUGGAUGGACAAACAGACAUGGGCUUCUGACCAGCUGAGCCCGUCACUGCAGGAGGAGCCAGGGAAGGACGCGACAAAAAUAAGUAACAAGUCAGGGGUCGGAUGA